AUUGAGCAUCAUGCAACACCCCUGACAAUCAUAGACCAAAUAAAGAAAAGGAUUGUGACAUGAACUCUAAAGGUGACUGCGUUUGCGUCCCAAGGCCAGAAUAUGACGCUGGUAGGUUCAUAGCUCCAUUCAAGUCGGCGAAGUGCACCACUCCCCUCCCCCGCCCAGACCUGGGGGCUCUCACACCCAUCGCCAGGAAGCUCAAGCUCGCCCCUCCACUCUGGAUCUUCCGUACAGCAUGGCAGCCCCCAAAGGCGUCACCCAUAGUAGUGGCUUCCGUACAACAUGGCUGCCUACAGGGAGCGCACCGCACCCCCUCCCGCCAGGCCACCGGAAGUUUCCAUUUGAAACCGAGGCGGCGGACUCUGUCGGCGCUACGGCAGUUGCUGCCCGGCAUCUUUUGAACCCGAGUGACGAGGCCUGCGGGCAGGAGCAGCAGGCGCCUAGGCCCCAGUCGUGCUGCCUCGUUACGAUGACCAGCGUGGUUAAGACAGUGUACACCCUGCAGCCCACUUCUGUGCUGAGCAGCUGUCUGGCCGCAGAUGCACAAACUCGAGCCACUUCUAAGAGCCUUUUACCUGUCAAGUGCAAAGAAGUUGAUGUUUCCAAACCUCGUUCAGGAGGUUCAGAGAAUGAUGGUACAAAAAUCAUCAAACCAAGAAGAGAGAAUGGGCAGGUGAAAGCUUUAGACACUGCCACUAGGAGGAACAUCAGAAAGGGUUAUCAUUACAGCUACAAGCCAUUGAGUGAACGGAAAUCAGAGGAAGAGCUCAAGGAUAAGAACCAGCUCCUAGAGGCUGUCAACAAGCAGUUGCACCAGAAGUUGACUGAAACUCAGGGAGAGCUGAAGGACCUGACUCAAAAAGUGGAGCUGCUGGAGAAGUUUCAGGACAACUGUUUGGCAAUUUUGGAGAGCAAGGGCCUUAACACAGGCAGUGAGACCCUGGCGUCACAGCAAGAUUCUACCAUGGAUCACAUGGACUCUAUGUUGCUGUUAGAAACUCUGCAAGAUGAGCUGAAGCUUUUUAAUGAAACCGCCACAAAGCAGAUGGAGGAGUUGCAGGCCUUAAAGAUAAAGUUGAAGGUGAAAGAAGAAGAGAGGGCCCAGUUCCUAGAACAACAGACUUUAUUCAACAGUCAAAUAAAUGAUUUUACAACAGCCCUUGAGGAAAUGGAGCAGCUCUUAGAAAUGUGAUGAAAAAGCAAGUGGCCACGUGGCUCCCUCUUGGGGACACACUCUCAGAGGAAGCCACUUAGGACAUCUGCUUCUUGGCCGUGGUCUUCUAGGACUCACCAUCCCCAGAGUAAAAGCAGUUUCUGCAAUAGGAUCAAGAACAGUCUAUGCUGAAAUGGCGGUUCCCCACUUCCAAACUGGCCAGCUCUCCUGAGCCUCACAGUACAUAAUUGAGACCUACAAGACAGGGGGCCUAGAAGCUUGGAUCAACCUCCUAGGCAACAAAGUAGCACACAUUAGAAUCAGGAGACUAAACCAGCCACAGCCAGAGGAUCCAAAAGGUCACAUUCAGAUGUGCAGGAAGAGACAGUGGAGCACAGGUGCCCCACGGGAGACUUCACCAAGGAGCCAUGCGCUCCCCUCCUAACUUGGUAUACAUUCUGUCCCUUCCCGGUUGGGCUCCAUAACCUCCCUGUAAAUUCACACUCACUGUAAGUUACUUAAAAUGGCUUAAUAAAUGGAGUGAAUGUAUAGAGAGCAGUAACGCCUAUGAAACAAUACACCUGGGAGCUUCUGAUCUAAA